AUGCGCAUGGAACACUCCCAGUCUUUAUUGUCAGCCUGCGGUGAUGGCGCGGAUCGCGGGGGAGCAGCCGGGGCUGCGCUCACGGUGGCUCUGAGAGGCGAAGUGCUGGACGGCCACAUGUACCCGGCCUGCGCCCCCUUUCCAUGCCCCUACCCCCACUUGCCCGCCGCCAAGGGCAAGGGCGUGGCGGGCGGGGGCGGCCGGCGGCCCCGCGAGCCGGGCUGCGUGCCCGGGUCCUGCACGGCGGAGUCCGCCCCGCUCUUCCCCGGGCCCGGGCAGCUCAAGGCCGCCGCGUACCUCGACAGCUACCAGCGGGCGCAGCUGAUGGCGCUGCUGUCGCAGGGCAUCGCGGGCCUGUCCCCGCUGCCCCGCCGCGCCAGCAGCCGCGACGUGGCGGUGCAGGUGAACCCGCGCUGCGACGCCUCGGUGCAGUGCUCGCUGGGGCGCCGCACGCUGCCGCCCAAGACCCGCGACCCGGGUUCCCCGGGCGGCUCCGACAGCGGCUCGGCCUGCCGCAAGGGCCCCGGGCAGGGCCACCCGCCGAACGGCACCCGGCGCUCCGUGCGCUUCCCGCGCUCCGUCGCCCUCUACUCGCCCUUCACCUCCCGUCGCGUCCCCGCCCUGCUGAAAAGGACGGCGGCUGCGGAGGGCGCGUGGCGGCCCGGGGCGCCCGACGGCCAGCCGUCCCCGCCGCGCAACCCCGACGCGGGACGGAGAGGCGGCUCGGCGAGGAAGGAGCCGCAGUCCCAGGAGCGCGGGUCCCCCGCCGCGGUGCCCGCCAACUGCGAGCGGCCGGUGGACGCGCCGGGGCUGCAGCCGCAGGAGGCCGAAGGGGACGUGGCCACUCCGCGGGGCGCGCCCACGAGUCCAGAGCCGCCCCCGACGCAGGGGAAGGAUGAAGAAGCCUCGGGCGAGGAGACGGAGCCCCGGAACCUCGAGCCGGGCCCACGUCUGCGCUUCCAGUUCUUAGAGCAGAAAUAUGGCUUCUACCACUGCAAGGACUGUAACAUCCGAUGGGAAAGCGCCUAUGUGUGGUGUGUGCAGGGCACGAACAAGGUUUACUUCAAGCAGCUUUGCAGAAAUUGUCAGAAGUCUUACAAUCCUUACCGGGUGGAGGAUAUCACCUGUCAAAGCUGUAAAAAGAUGAUCUGUUCCUGCUCCAUCAGGGUGCGCCACACUGACCCCAAACGGUCUCAUCGCCAAGAUCUGUGCGGCAGAUGCAAAGGCAAACGCCUGUCCUGCGACAGCACGUUCAGCUUCAAAUAUAUAGUGUAGGGGAGUGGGCGCCUCGAAAGGGGGCCUGUCCCCUCUCCUUCCUGUGGC